AUGGCUGGCGCAGUCUCGCCCGGCGCGUGGUGGCGCCACGCAGCCUGCCACCAUCCGCGCUGCACGGUGGUUCGUGCGACUCAAGCUGCCCAUCUCGGCGGACCUGGAAGGGUCCAAGAGAAGCGGCGGCCGCGGAACGCGGCCGUGAGGGCUGCACUGGAUCGUGAGCCGGGCCCGGGCGCCGACGACAGGUCGCUUCAGGGCCCGCCGGACCGACUGGCACGCGCCUCGUACAUCAGCGACGCCAGGAGGCUGAACGAUCGCAUCGUGAAUGCUCAGGACUCGGAGGAACUGCUCGAUUUGGUGAUCCUGGAAGGCGACUCCUUCACCCAUAUCAACGCCGUCACGGCGUUCAACCGUCUGGCCAAGAUCGUGAGGCAGAACCGCAACGAGGACCCCGCGCUCAUCCGCGAGGACCCGCGCACCAAGAUGUGCUCCGACCUCGUGGAGGCCCGCCUCCCGGAAUGCAACACGCAGGGCCUGUCGAACAUCAUUUGGGCAGCGACAAACCUGCAGCAUGCGUCGUCGUCGCUGCUCGCCGCCCUGCCGCGGUUCGUCCUCGAGCAGCCCGCGCAGCGCUGGAAGGACCGCGAGCUCGGGAUCGUCGUCUGGGGCCUCGCGAAGAUGGCAGUCGAGGACAACCUCCCAAAAGACCCUACGCGGCAGCUGCUGGUCAACUUGUGGCCCGUGGUCGACGAACUGCUGCCGAGGAUGGACCCGCAGGCGGUGUUCAACGUGAUCUGGGGCUACCAAGCCCUGGGCGCGUUCGACGGCGCGUCGAUAGCGCGGCUAGGGGCCACGGCGACGUCAGUGGCCCCCAGGGCGUCCCUGCGCGACCUGGCCGGCAUCGCGCUCGCGAUGUCGCGCGCCGGGUACACAAAUGAUGACCUAUACGCGGCGAUCAGCGAGUCGGCGACGCGGCAAAUCGAGCACGGCGGCAAGAACGUUCCGCCCAGACAGGGCCGCGGCCGCGGCCGGGGCCGCGGCGGCCGCGGCGCCGCCCAGGCACGCCGGCGAGCGUCCACCAUUCAGGACGUCGAUCUCGGCAACCUAGCGUCCGCGUUCGGCCGCGUGUACUCCGGCGCGGACACCGUCGCGCCGCGCGCCGAGGGGCUCUCGGCGCACGUGGAGAUGUCGGACGACCUGACCGUCGCGGGGCCGGGAGCGCCGCUGUCGGCGUCGUGGGAGUCCUCCGCGCACUUGCCUGCGCCGCCGCCGGACCACGCGGUGCGCCUGGUCCGCGCCAUCUCGUACUACCUCCUGCCGUCGCCCUGGCGCCGCGCUCUGAAGCGGCGGUACGGCGGCAGGGUCGCGACGGGCAGCGAGAGCGGCAGCGAUGACGAGGACGGGGCUGGCGGGGCGCAGAGUGACGCGAAGCUGCCGGAGUACCCCCCGCACGUUGCGUCGAUGCGGCCGCAGUACCUCUCGAACGUUCUGUGGGCUAUCUCGAGCAUGGGAAUCGAGGAUUCUCGAUUGUUCGAGGCAACAGCAGAAACCAUGAUCGACCGGCUCGCGAACGCGCACGGCACGCCGCUGCCGGCGCAGACGAUCGCGACGUUUGCGUGGGCGUUCGCGCGGCAGCGCCACCGGCGCGUGGACUUCCUAGACGCCCUCGCCACGUGUGCGACCGCACUGCUGAACAAGUAUGGCGUACAAACGCUCAGGCACCCGGCGCUGGCGGUCGGGCAGGCGCCGAACACGCCGAUCGCGCGCGCCAUCGUCGGGCAGGAGCUGCGGCGGCUGUCGUCGCACAAGCGGGCCUUUUCGGAGCAGGCGACUGCGAUGCUGGCGUAUGCGUACGCCUACUUGGACUGCCUGGGCACGACGGACGCCGGCGCGGAGCUCGCGGAGGCGCUGGCGCGCGCGCUCGCGCCGCACGCGGCGAGCCUCGGCCCGCAGUCGGUUUCGAACCUGUGUUGGUCGUUUGCGUGCGCGGGGGUGUAUCCUGCGGAGCUGCUGCCGGCGCUCAAGGCGCGGGCGGUGGAGCUGGGCGUCGAGGACGCGCUGCUCAAGCGGGAUCUGUGGCAGAUGUACCAGGCGGCGCUGGCGAUGCGGCUGGAGGCGCCGGAGAUGUCGGUGGACGUCAGCGGGCAGCGCACGCGCAACAUGCUCGGGUUCCUGUACUCGCAGGGCGAGCUCGCGGUGAACGCGACGGAGGAGUGGGAGCGCGGGAAGCGCUGCGAGCCCCGCGUGGUGAGCGCGUUCCAGCGGGACGUGUACCUCACCCUGCAGGACCUGGGGGUGGCGUGCGAGCUCGAAUACGCGGACGCGGAGUACACGAUGGACAUCGCGAUCCCCGCGAAGCGCGUCGCGAUCGAGGUGGACGGCCCGUCUCACUUCUGCACCAACACACGCACUCCGACGGGGCCGACUCUCAUGAAGCGCCGGCUCCUGCGCGCCCUGGGCUGGUCCCUCGUCCCCGUCACGAUAUACGAGUGGCAGCGCCUGCGAUCGGACAAAGCGAAACGCCGGUGGCUCCAGGACCGCCUGACGCCACUUCUCGUCGACUCAGGCAGUCCAGCGACAACUCCCCCCCCCGCACCGCGCCGGCGCCGGAGCCCUCGCCGGCCGGAAAGCGACGAGAGGACGCUGCGGCGCAGCCGGACGAUGCUGAGUCAGGGGGGGGUGAGCCGCUGA